UGUGUUGGGAUGGGCUAGGGCUGGGCGAGACAGAGAAAAGAGCCAGAUGAGACAGGCUAGGGAGGCAUUAGGAUGCUGAGGCAGUGUCACCCAGGCUCUAACGUCAGACUGACUAGUCCCCUGGGUGCCCUUUCUCUCCGGUCAUCAGACGCUCUCCUUCCCUGCAGGUCUUUUCUGUCCUCUCCUCUCACACACACUUUUCACACCUGGAUACAAUAUUACUCUUUUUAGUCGAUCGACGACAGGUUCACAGAGCAGACAACAGUAAGAGAAAGUGAGAAAGAAAAGGAACAACUGUAUCAUGGUCCUGGACCUGGAGCUGAGAGCUUGGUUCCGGAAGAGGGGGACAGAGGAGGGGGUGGGGACCCUUGGCUUGUCCACUGGUCAGGCUCUGGGGACACUGAGGGACCAGCUCACCACCCUGCUUGACCAGCACCAGACCACAGGCCGUGGGAAACAACCGACUGCACAGGAGCAGUGGGUGAAGAGCUUCCUUCACCAUGGCAACCGACACUCCUGUCUCCAUUGGCCAGGAGCUGCCCUUACACUGCUGGUGGUGUUGGGACUUCUCUGUUGUUACGGCGACCAGCCACACGGCAGUUCUGGGAUCGAGUUGGUGAACGCUGCAGCCCUCCUCCUGCUCUUCACGCUGAGCUUCAUGCUGAUUGGUCGACAGCAGAGGCUGAGGAGGACUGAGAUGGUGCACCGGCUCAACAGCAUCAUCAAUCAGCUCAACGACUACCUGUCGGGAUGGGCAGAUUUGGGUAAUGGGGUGAGGUGGUCUCCCUCCCUCUACCCUGACCUGUACACCCCCUCCUCCCCCUCCUGGUCGCUCCACUGGGCCUACCGCGACUCCAAGCUGGUCAACCUGCCUGUGUCCCUACUGGUGGAGGGAGACGUCAUAGCACUACGGCCAGGAAAGGAGGCCUUCGCUUCCCUCAGAGGCAUCAAGGAUGAUGAGCAUAUAGUUCUGGAGCCAGGUGACCUUUUCCCACCUCUCUCCCCUCCUCCCUCCCCCCGGGGGGACCAGAAGAGGGUUCCCCAGAGCCCCCAGCAGCACCGCCUCUUCAGGGUGGUCCGCACCCCCAUCCUCGACAGCGUCAGGAACAGUCUUGACCUGGCUCUGUCUCGACCAAUCACAGCCCUGGAUAAUGAGAGGUUCACCGUGCAGUCGAUCAUGGCCAAGUUCGCCUGCCCUAUAGUACUGGUGGCGUUCUUGGUCGUGAAUACGGUGCGGUAUUUCUGCGGCGCCCCCGGCCUCACUCCUGGGCGCUUCAACUUCAUCCAGCUGCAGCUGAUGGGAGUGCUGCCCAUCCUUCCCCUGCUGUUUCCUGUCAUGUGGGUGCUGGUCAAUGCCUAUGGAGAGGCUAGUGUCCUGGCUGAGUCCAGCAGAGCUUCUCCUACUGGCCUGCUUGCUAAGUUCUCUGAGGACACUCUAAGCAGCUAUACUGAAGUGGUGUCCUCCCAGGAGAUGCUGCGGUGUGUGUGGAGACACCUGGUGGGAGUGCUGAGGGGAGAAUCCCAGACUCUCUGCUACACCUCCAGCCUGCUACACACACUCGGCUCUGUCACUGUGUUGUGUUGUGUGGACAAACAGGGUGUAUUAUCCUGGCCUAACCCCAGUCCAGAGACCGUGUUGUUCUUCAGUGGUCGCGUGGAGCCGCCUCACAGCGACAGUCAGCAAGACCUGCGAGACGACCUGUCUGUCAACUCCUUCUGCCGCAUGGAGCCCGACGAUGACCGUGACGAGACCCAGGAGGGGGAGGCUCUGCUGUGUAUGCCAGUGAUGGAUGGGAUGGGGGGCGGGCAUGAGCCCAGUGAGACUUCACAUGACACCGGCCGUUCCGAAGACACAGUUCAGCCUCGGCGGCAGGCGCAGGAGACACGCACCAAACACCCCUCGGGAUCUAAUGUCAGCUUCAGCCACAACACCGAGGGAGGGGACCAGGGCCCUGAACAGGACAUGGUGGGUUGCUGUGACAAUGACGCGGAGGACUACGUGUGUGACUACCACCUGGAGAUGCUGAGUCUGUCUCAGGACCAGCAGAACCCGGUGAGUAUCCAGUUCGACGAGCAGGGCUGGCAGUGCCACCUGCCCAGCCUCAAGCCCCUGGGCCUCAACAUCCUGCUCAACCUGUGCAACGCCAGCGUCACCCAGCAGCUCUGCCGCUUCUCCGACCACCUCAGUAACCUGGCGCUGCAGGAAAGCCACGGGGCCGUGCUGCCUGUCCACGUGCCCUGGGGACUGUGUGAGCUGUCCAGGCUUAUAGGGUUCACUCCCGGGGCGAGGGAGCUGUUCAAACAGGAGAACCACCUGGCUCUGUACCAGCUGCCCUGUGGGGAGAAGGCCAAGGAGUCUGUCCCUCGACGCCUACACAACUUCACCAAGAGACAACCUCCCAUCAGCCACCUCAUCUCCCUCUUCAUCAGAGACUCCUCUUCCAAUAACGUCCAGAUGUUGUCUCACGGCUCAGCUGACCUCAUCCUGGAGGCCUGCACUGAUGUCUGGGACGGAUCCGACAUCUAUCCCCUCUCUGGCUCCGACAGGAAGAAAGUUCUGGACUUCUACCAGCGUGCCUGUCUGUCGGGCUACUGCUCUGCCUUUGCCUACAAGCCCAUGCAGGUGUCCCUGUCCAACCAGCUCAAUGGGAAAUGUGUGGAGCUAGCCCCCGGACCCAACCUCUUCUCUGGGGUAGAACUGCCCUCCACCACCCCUAUCAAAUACGACUCCCGCAGGAACUCCUGGAGCUCUGAUGAGGGUAUAGGAGAAGGUGUGGAGAAGGAUGACUGUGUUCAGGCUCUGAGUGGUCAGAUCUUCAUGGGAAUGGUGUCAUCCCAGUUCCAGGCUCGUCUGGACACCGUCAGGCUCAUAGACGCUCUGGUCACCGCCUGCAUACGCUUCGUCUACUUCUCCAUGGAGGAUGAACUACGCAGCAAGGUGUUUGCAGAGAAGAUGGGCCUGGAGACAGGGUGGAACUGUCACAUCUCUCUGACCCCAAACAGGGACAGUCCCUGUGACGGUGCCCCCAACAGUCCAGGCCAGGACUCCCUGCAUGAUGACCUGCACCAAGACUCCCGAGAUGAGGCAGAAGGGCCGUUGUUACCAGAGGAGGAGACUGCUGAUGUUCCCAGCUUCCUGGAGGACUGCAACAGAGCGAAGCUACCUCGUGGUAUCCACCAGGUUCGUCCUCACCUGAAGAACAUUGACAACGUGCCUCUGUUGGUGCCUCUCUUCACCGACUGUACCCCAGAGACUAUGUGUGAGAUGAUAAAGAUCAUGCAGGAGAACAGAGAGGUGACGUGCUGCCUGGGGAGCUCUGCCAACUUCCGCAACAGCUGCCUCUUCCUACAGAGCGACCUCAGCAUCGCCCUGGACCCCCUGUACCCGUCGCGGUGUUCGUGGGAGACGUUCGGCUACGCGACAGGAGCAGGCCUGAACGGGGAGGUGGAGGGUCUGUCUCCCCUCAGUCUCUCUGGUCAACUCAACACCCUGGCCUGUUCUGUCACCUUCCACCAGGGGGAGUCUGUCAGCAUGGUCAAACUCAUAGAACAGGCGCGUCACACUACGUACGGCAUCCGCAAGAGCUUCCUGUUCCUAUUGCAGUGUCAGCUGACCCUGGUCCUCAUCCAGUUUCUGGCCUGCCUCGCCCAGCUCCCACCUCCCAUGAACAUCACUGAUAUCCUCUGGCUGUCCUGUUUCAGCUGUCCACUGCUCAGUGUGUCGUUCUUAGGAAAGCCACCAGAAAGUUCUGUGAUGAACGUGGCCACGGGGAAGAACCAAGAUGCCAUCCCCAGAAAGACGCAGAACUACUUCCUGGGUUGUUUCCUUUUGAGGUUUGGCCUGACUGUGUGUGCCUACCUCCUGGGCUUUGGCUUCACGCUGCACGAGGUCUGCCUGAGGGCCAACAACCUGACCAUGGCAGAGAACACCACCAUCAGCUGUAGUGAUAUCCUCAGGGUCAGUUCGGCUCAGGACGCUCCCCAUUGGUUCAGGGAGCUGUCCAACGGCCUGCUGCUCACUCAGAAAGUCAUGGCUGGGUUCCUGGCCCUGCACACAGUGGUCAUCUCUCUGAGCUAUGUCCAUCGCUCUCAGCCGCUGUGGAAGAAGAACCCCUUCAGCAACACCUGGUGGUGCCUCACUGUCCCCGUUGUUCUGCUGGGUCAGUUGGUGCAGGCCACGGUGGACUACCAGCUGUGGCAGGACCGGUUGGCACAUUUGACCUUUGACCUGAAGGACAUCCCCAUGCUGGCCUGGCUACUGGUCUCCCUGUCCUCCCUGGUGGUGGUGCUGCUCAAUGAGGCUGUCAAACUACACGAGAUACGGGUGAGGGUUCGCUACCAGAAGAGACAGAAGCUACAGUUUGAGACCAAACUAGGGAUGAACUCUCCCUUCUGAUUGGCUCAGACAAUGAACAGAGGGGCGUGGCAAUACAUGCUGGGAACCAAUCAGCCCUUGAAGUUGGUUCUAACUGCUGACACUGGGUCAGAUCGUUUCUCAUCCCUCUUGUUUGUUAGAAUUGGAGAAAGGGUAAUAUGAUCCUAGAUCUGUGGUUGAGGGGAACUUCUACCUCAAGCUCAUAAUCACACUCCUCCUCAGUGCCCAUUGACCUGAACCCAGGAGCACUCAACCCACCUCAGCCCGAAAGCACUGGCUCCUAGCAGGUAGCGCUAACCUCAACCAAACUGCUACACCUGCUGGGUGGUUUAUCACUGCGAUAAUCCAAUCUUUUUUUGGGGUGGGAGGGAUCCUUGUUUAAAUUGUAUUACGGUAUAAUUGAUUUUUUUUUCUCCCACAGUCACUGGUCUAUGAUAUUGUCUCACACUGUAUCACAUAGGGAUUAUCACACUUCAGCAUGUUCCUCCUUUCUUUUGUCCCAAUACCAGACAGGGUUUCCACCAGGAUUUUUUUCAGCAGCGGUGGCUAAGUAGAUGUGGGGGGGUAGUUGGCGUGGCCAAUGGUGUGGAUUUAGAGGCCCUCCUCUUGGCCGCAGAAGCAACAUUUAGCUGUUUUAAAGCAAAUUUCCUGCAAUUUUGCCAUGGGGCGGAGAGAACAUUUUACAGUUUUAAAGAUAAUUUCCUAUGGCUCAUGCCAUGUUCUUACGGUAUCUGAGUGACUCAGAUAACUAUAACAAACUCAAAGCCAUGACAUUUUGGGAAUUUUAUAUUCUAGUUUUAUUUUGGUGAUUGUUAGUCCUCAAAUAUUAUCUAAGUCAAAAAAAAUAUUGCUCCAUUAUCUUUUCUACACACAUUAUAUCUGGUUUUAGUCAUUUAAGUUUACGCUGAAAAUAUUUUAUCAUCCCAAAAAUUAUGAUACACUACCGUUCAAAAGUUUGGGGUCACUUAGAAAUGUCCUUGUUUUUGAAAGAAAUGCAAAAAAACACUGUUCAUUAAAAUA